UAUAGGGGUUUACAAGUAGAGCAGUAAGGGUCCCCAGGACAGGGAGGCAGGGGGUUGGCAACUGAAAAGAACCUGGCAAGAGAUGGACCUGGAGACAGAGAAUAGCUCAGGGACCAGAAUUUGCUCCAUUAACAUUAAUGUUCAAAAUCUGCAUGAAACUAUACACAAGUCCACGUUUAAUCAUUUCAGUCUCCGGCUCUGGUGGUCUGGUCACCAUGGCUGUAACACUGGGAUGGCUCUGGCUGCCCAGGGCCAGGUUUUCCUCUGCACCUCCCUUGGGAACAACCAUCACAGACUUAAGGCCCGUGGGGGGCCCAAGGUUAAAGGACUGUUCCUCCCACCCUCAUCUGAGGAUUUUCUCAGCUGCUUUUCUUGGCCCAAGGCUCAUACCCGUAGGGAUGCAGAUGGUGGAGGGGGAGGCAGAGAAAACAGUGAAGUUGGAACGAGCUGGGGAGAGGCGGAUGUUGAGAGGAAGAGAUGGGAGAAACGGCACUAACGGUCCAGCCAUCUGAGACAGGACAGCCAUGUCGGGCAUGGUGAGAGAGGUCUCAGCAGGCAACUUCCUCCUUCCCAGCCCAGACUGAGGAGAACUGGAGUUAUUGUUGCGGGUGCCUCCUUCUAGGACUGGGCUGAAGCCUAGGAGCCCCAGCUGCUAACAUCUGGGUGCAGAAUCAUGUCUGCUAACAGAGGCUGGUGGGCGCCACCCGAGGGCGAGGACAGUGUGUCUGAGAAGCUCCUGAGGAAGACGAGGGAGUCUCCGCUGGUGCCUAUAGGUUUAGGAGGCUGCCUGCUGGUGGCAGCAUACCGGAUCUCCCGGCUGAAGGCUCGUGGUUCCACCAAGAUGUCCAUUCACCUGAUUCAUACCCGAGUGGCGGCACAGGCCUGUGCUGUGGGUGCGAUCAUGUUGGGCGCUGUGUACACGAUGUACCGAGACUACAUCAAGAGAACCGCACAGGAUACCAGGGAGAAGUAGGAGUCCUACAGGCCUGAGGCAGUUGGACCUCGUCAGUCAAUCUGGGUAUGCACCUAAUAAAGGAGUU